AUGGAUUUAAAUAUUUACUAUGCUGACCCAGAGGCUAAACAAGAAGAAGUAGUUAUAAAUUUUCUGAAAAGUUUACAUGCUUGGUUUGAUGAUAAAAUGAAAAAAGUUCAAAGUGAUCUUCGAUUUAAUUUGGAAAGAAAUGAUCAAACAGUCAAAGUAAUAAAAAAUGUUGAGGAUAUGCAUGGAAAUCCACUUCAAGUAUCUCAAUAUCCUCUUCGGUUAUCGCAUGUGCCAUAUUUUGUUGUUAUUACUGUGCCCGAAAUUGGAGAUUGGGAAGUCUUUUUUCAAGGAUUAAAUGAUCGUUUACGUCAAUUUGUUAGCGAAAAUAAAAGAACUUUUACUUUACUUGACUGGGCAAAUAUUUUAAAGAAGAUGAAGCCUGAUGAUGUUUCAACAGUGGAAAAGAGAACAGCAGUUUUAAUUAGGGAAAUGCAUCUUGAACAUGAAUAUUAUUUUCUGCUUUAUUCAAUAAUCGCCUUGGCCAAGAUGGCAAAGAAGCAGUAUGACCUUCUCUUUAAAUUAUUGCUUAUUGGUGACAGUGGAGUGGGAAAGACUUGUAUUUUAUACAGAUUCAGUGACGAUGCUUUCAAUACCACAUUCAUCUCCACAAUUGGCAUUGACUUUAAGAUAAAAACGAUUGAGCUUAGAGGAAAGAAGAUCAAACUACAAAUAUGGGACACAGCCGGGCAGGAACGUUUCCACACCAUAACAACUUCUUACUACCGCGGAGCAAUGGGCAUUAUGAUGGUUUAUGACAUCACUAAUACAAGGAGCUUUGACAAUAUUUCCAAAUGGCUUCGACACAUUGAUGAGCAUGCCUCCGAAGAUGUUGUAAAGAUGUUAUUAGGAAAUAAGUGCGAUAUGUCUGAUCGGCGGGUAGUCUCCAAAGAGCGUGGUGAGAAGAUUGCCUCAGACCAUGGAAUUAAUUUUAUGGAAACCUCUGCCAAGGCUAAUAUUAAUGUUGACAAGGCUUUCCAUGAGCUGGCUGAAGCAAUUUUGUGCAAGAUGCCCGAAAGGAAUUCGGCCACAGGCGAUCAGCUCAGAGUCCGUCCAAUGCAUCAGUUUAACAGUGGAGGGUCUUCAAAAACUUCUUGCUGUUAUCCUUGA